AUGGCCUCUUCCUCUCGUCCCGCUCUCACUUCAACACCCUUCUCGCCGAAUCAGCUCGGCGCUGUGCGCCACAAAGGAAACCUCGCGCCUCGCCGUACAAAGUAUCGCAAAGCACACAAGAUCACCAUUCCCUUCAACACCGGUGGCUCGACCAAAGGUACCACCGUGCAAGAGGGAGCCUACGGCAUUCGUCUUCUGGCACCGGCACGUCUGUCGGCGAAACAGCUCGUCGCGGCGGAGACGGCGCUCAAGAGGAAGUUGAAGGUCGUCAAAGGAGCACAGGUGUUUUUGAGAGUGUUUCCGGAUAUCCCUGUCUGCAUCAAGGGUAACGAAACUCGUAUGGGUAAAGGUAAAGGUACUUUUGAAUACUGGGCUUGCAGGGCGAACAUGGGUAAAGUCAUCUUCGAGAUCGGUGGUCCCGUCGAGAUCCGACCCGAAGUCGCCAAGGAAGCGCUUCGAUUGGCAUCGGCAAAAUUGCCCGUCCCAACUGAGUUUGUCACCACGGCUUCCAAGCCGAGGAUCGGGAACAAGAUCGUCGAGUCAGUCGACGAUGCCAGCUCUGCUGUCGCUGGCGCACCUGGUAGCACUGCCGAGGCCGUUGCAACGGCUACCACUGUCGCUUCUGCAUAG